UUGGGCCUGAAGUGUGACUGUUUUCACGCUCAGAAGUGGGAUAUUGAUGGUUUAAUCAGGUUGCAGGUACAACAGUUAAAGGCAGAUUCACCGGGUAGCUUUUCUUUGUAGGUUAUAUUAGGCUUUGAGUCAGAAAUGCAAACGACCAACGUUAGCUAAUUUUGCUAUAUUGGUGGCAGUUAACCUAACGUUAGACGCAAACUUCGGGAUUUAAUUUAGGGUUAACGUUAAUUUAUGUGCCAGUGACAGCGUCCUGUCUGUAAGUUACGUUUAUAAGCCAACUAACGUUAGCAAACAAUAUAAAGGUAAUUGCUACAGUGACUUUGCUCUGUCCGAAGGCUAGUGUCAUCAUGUGAAGAUGUCUUCAUUAGUGGCCUACGAGGAUUCAGAAUCAGAGGAUGGUUCUCUUGAUCAAAAGGAGGAGGGAGCAUCAGCUUCUGACCAAACUGGAUCUUGUGAACAAAACCAAGAAGUUAGGGUGUUUAAUUCCUCUGAGGUAACGCAGAGCCCUCACAGCUUCACACCUGACUCUGACAGGUCAGUGUUGCAAUAUCAUGGACAUGUCUUAGAAAGAAGCAGUUCUUCACUACACCCACAUUCAAAGCCACAGAGCUGUUUUGACUUGGAAAGAAAAUAUUGCAGUUACAGGACAGCACAAGAAAAACAUUUUAGAGAUACUACACCUCCUUUGAGUUUACCUGUGACUCAGGGGAAGAUCUCACCACUGCAGACUCUUCCUCACAUGCCACAAAGCUUUGGCGAUGGGCUGAACCCUGCAAAAAGACAUCACACUGUCCCGUCUGGUGUCAGACCGUACAUCCCCAAGAGACAGAGAAUUGCCACUUCAGUAGAGACAGUGGAUCCAAAGCACCCAGCAGAGCAAGUCCCAGGGAAUCAGUCCAGGGAAAGCCAAAUUCUUUCAGAAGUGUCGGCGAGAGUAAAGCCAUAUCUAGCUAACAAGCAUGGCGCUGCAGGGAUACCGAGGAGGCACCUGAUGAGCCUGGGAGGCCACCAGGGCCCAGUCAACACAGUACAAUGGUGUCCUGUGCCUCAUCUCAGUCAUCUGCUGCUGUCUGCCUCCAUGGACAAGACUUUCAAGGUGUGGGAUGGAGCCGAAAGCGGGCGAUGCCUGAGGGUUUACACCUGCCAUUCGGGAGCUGUGCGUGAUGCCUGUUGGACCCCCUGCGGGCGACACCUUCUCACUGGCUCAUUUGACAACACGGCUGUGAUCACAGACGUAGAGACAGGACAGCAGGUGGUGAAAUUGGACAACCAGUUCAAGGUGAUGUGUGUGACCCUGCAUCCUUGCAACCCAGAGGUAUUCCUGUGCGGAGGUUACAGUUCAGUGGUCAAGGCCUGGGACUCUCGCAGCUGCAAGGCAGUGAAAGUGUACAAAGCAGGGGUCCAGCAGACCUUGGACAUCCUGUUUCUGAGAGAUGGUGUGGACUUCAUAACAAGCUCUGACUGUGUGAGCAGAGACUCUGCGGACCGCACCCUCAUCGCCUGGGACUACGAGACCACAGCCAAGGUCUCCAACCAGAUCUACCACGAGCGGUACACGUGCCCCAGCCUGGCUCUCCACCCAAUGGAGGAGUCCUUUGUUGCUCAGACCAAUGGGAACUACAUGGCAGUGUUCUCCUCCCAGCGGCCCUAUAGAAUGAACAAGAGGCGACAAUACGAAGGACACAAGGUGGAGGGGUACGCAGUUCAGUGUGAGUUUUCUAUGGAUGGAACUAUCCUAGCCUCAGGAAGCUCCACCGGCUCUGCUCACUUCUACGAUUACCACAAUGCUCGCACGCUGCACACCCUGCACGCCCACAGCCAGCCCUGCCUGUGUGUGUCUCAGCAUCCCAUCCUGCCUGCGACUGCGGCCACCUGCGACUGGGCUGGUGAGAUCAAGGUCUGGCACUGAGGACUCUGAAUGGACAAGUAAAUAUAGACUUUCAAGUUUGAAGAUGUAGCGUGUUGGCCAGGACCAUGAGAUGGAAGACCGUAUUAAACUGAAAACUCGUGCACAUCUAUCUUCAAGACUUUAUCUCCCAUAAUCUCUUGGCAUAAGAUGAUAAGAACUUGGAAAAAUGCUGGAAGUCAGCAAAUCUACUAUCUACUGAUGCCGUUAUAAAAUUUUUUUUUUAACACUG